AUGAUAUUUUUAUUAAUUAUAAAAAUAACUAUUGCAUGGAAAUCAGAGAGUGUGAGAGAAAAUAUAUAAACAUGUUAAAUCUUUCAGAGUUCAAUUUAAAGAGAAUGCGAAUAAAAUGAUUUAAUUAUAUUUAGAUUAGACUCUUAUUUUGCAAUUUGUUUAAUUUCAUCUGAGAUUGGAAUUUAAAGUGUGUUAUAUGAAAAUUCUUAGGGUAAUAACUAUUUUAUUUGUGUACUUAAUGAAUAGAUAUUGAUAUAUUCUUUGCCUCAUACUUGUGGGAAUUCUUUUAUGUUAUUGCAACAUAAAAAUAAAUUUACAAAUUAUUCAUUAACUAGAGAUGAUUAAUUUAUAUAUAUUUUUGGUGGAUUAAAUGAUUCAAAAUUAAGAAAUACAUUGUAUAAAUAUAAUAUAUAAGAUCUUUUAAAUAACUAAAUAACCUUUUCAGUAUUGCCUAAUAAUUUUAUAUAAAAAUUAAGUGUUUCAUUAGAAUUAUGGGAUGGAAAUAUGGAAGAAUUUUAAUUCACAUCUAAUUUUCCUCAACUAUAAAAAGUUAAGAAUUUAGGAUAUAAAUAUAUUAUUUAUUCUUUUUAAGAUAAUUCUUAAUGUUCAUCCUCAAACAUUCCAAAAUGUUCAUAAAAUAGUGUUAUUGUUUAUGUAGAUGAAUGUAAUUGCAUAAAAUUAUUUUAUGGAAGAGAUUCUAAUAAUAUUAAUCAAAAUGAAUCAUGGAUUUAUUAUUUAGAUGAAUUGAUUUGGUAAGAAACAACAGUUGAUUCAAUGAUUAAAUUUAUAAAUACUCCAAUUGGAUAAUAUUUACCAGAAAUAAAGAUAGUAGGAUUUUUUGCAGAUAAUACAUAUUUUUUUUAUUAUGAUUAUUAAUGGUAUAAUAAUUAUGAAUAAUUAAAUUUUGGAUCUACAUUUAAAUAAAUGAUUGUUUAUGAUAACAAAACAUUUCUAUUAAAUUCAACUAGUAUCCUUUAUAGUUAAAAUGACUUAUAAAAUGCAAAGAGUUAAUAAUAUGGUAUUUAUGUUUGUUAAGAUGAUUAUCAUGGUUAUAAUUGUUAAAGUCCAGAUUUUCAAUGUCCUGGUAGUAUAUGUUUUAAUGAUUUAUUAUUUGAGAGAAUAUGUGUACAUUGUUAAGGACAUGGUACUUGUUAAUAUGGAAAAUGUAAAUGUGAUGAUGGAUAUAAUGGUGAUGAUUGUAGUUAAUAUGAAAAAUGUUUAAAUGAUUGUUCAAAUUAAGGAUCUUGUAUUUAAUAUUAUCCAACACCUUAAUGUAGAUGUAAAUAAGAUGAUAAAAGGGGAGGUGAAGAUUGUUCAACAAUAUUUUGUUUAAAUGAUUGUUCUAAUAAUGGUAUUUGUAAGAAUGGAAUUUGUGAAUGCAUUGUUGGAGUUAAAGGUGAUGAUUGUAGUAUAUUAAAUCUUAAAUUUAUUGAUGAAUGA